AUGGCUGCCGACAAGACGCCGCGGACAGUGGCAGACGCUACACGCUUCACGUCCAACACGCCACAUGCAAACACAAAAUCGUCGCCAUCUUCGACGGCCGCCGCCAGCUCGAAGCCCCCGAGCUCUCGUCUUCCCCCACCCGGCAUGCCUAAAACGGCAGUACCAGAGUCAUUAGAUGAGCGCGUUCGCAGGUUGCGGGCUGCACAUCUUGCCGCCCGCCAAGCCGAAGUCAGCAAGCUCGACAAGGUCAUCAACUCCUCACGACGAUACUUUGAUGCCGCUCAUCGCUUCACCGUUGUUAGCCUCAUCGCGUUUAGUGGUGUGGCGUUGAUGGUUACUGUGUACGCGACAUUCGACAUGAUGUACUAUAACCGGCAGCGACGCAACGAGUUCUUUGCGCUUCAGAAGCAAUUCGCUGACGACAGUCUCGAGGCUGCUCGUCUGGCUUACAUGACGGGUAAGGCCACCGAGGAACAAAUCGCGCUCGUCGAGGAGGCAACAGCCAAGGCCAGAGAGUCAGGCACGGAGCUCCCGGCGCUUCUAUCUGCCCCGAAGCAGGCCAAGUCCGCCGGCUGGGCCAAGGUGAUGAGUCCAAGGGAGGAGGGCGGAGAUAUUGAGACGGCAGAGCGGUCAGUAUGGCCAGGGGAGUCAAUGACAGAGAGCAGCCUUUCUGCGAGGAGCGAGGUUGAGCAGCCAACCAAGAAGGGCUGGUCCGCGUGGCUAUUUGAGGGCCUGAAGAAGGAGGAAGUCAGAGAUGACGAUCUCACGUCCGCGUCGUCCGAUCCCCGGUCUACUUCUGCCUCCCGCACGAUAAGCUCGGCGCAGCACAGCAUCGUCGACUCCGCAAAGGCUGCGUUUGAGACGGAAAAGGAGAACCAGAGACAUGGCGGGCCUCUGGACAGAGUCGGCACCACGGACACGAACACCGGCAGUACUAAGAAGGGCUGGCUCUGGUAG